UAAAGGCGCAAUGCUUUUCAGCAGUUUUGUAACUUCUUUAUACGGUGUUCUGAAACAGAAGUCAUUUUGAAUUUCCUUUUCUAACCGACGGUGAAAGUCCCCCUGGGAUUGAUGUAGGUCCGAACAUACGAAUGACUCGCAGCUUUGCUCCCACGGUGCACAACAAAUCCCAAUGUGCAACCGCCUGCCUUGUAUUCUAGAAACCGUGAGCUUAAGGAUGAUAUUCCAUGUCGCUCAUUUGACAAAGUUCCGAUCGUUAAUGCAGUUCGUUGACGACGAUCUAUCCACUAUUGGGAAACAAUAAUACAAUGCAUGCAAGGACACCAAAUCUCUCCACGCCAGACCUAUCAGCAGUCUUUUCAACUCCAUGGUCACGCUUCUGCUUUCAUUUUUUUUUUUUUUCGAGCAUUCAAGUCUCUAUGCCGGCUGUUUGAUCAAUUGCAUUAGCUAGUGCCGCUUCGGACCGACCCAAGCAGAUUGAAGGCGUUGUGGAGGCCAGGAACCACCAUUACUCCACAAGACGGUUGCCAGACGCUGACGAUCAGCCACGGAUUACGAAUUAGAAAUUACGAGGCACGACGGCUGAGCAUGACGCGACGGCAUUUCAGUCCAGGACUUCGUAUUCAACUGUAGUAAACCAUAAUGUCGACCCACAAUUUUACCCACAUAGAUGGUUCUAGCCUGGAGUUUUUACCAGUGACCACGCCCACUUAAUGGUAUAACUAGGAAUGCUCUUCGUUUUACAGUUGUCCGGACUACUAUCACGGGGUGCUGUGGCUGACCGAAGCGUGGGUUGGCUUGGCUUGGGAAAAGAAAUGAGAACUGUUUUGUUGGCGGCCCCGCGUUGCAUCAGCACGAUACUCCUGCACGGUUCCGAUUGGAGUGAAGAUUCGACGGGAGCGGGUGCGUGGAUGAAAGUCCGAUGAGACUGGGCAAAGAUAAGUACUUUUGCGUCCUGUGUCCUGCGUCCUGCCUGCAUCCCGUAAUCUCAGAGACGUCAUCAUAUUCGAACCUCUCGGUGCCAGCUUGAAUAUUUCUUUGGGUAGUUAAUGUAGCAAACUUUUAUUUGGAAAACCCUGCCUCUGAUCAAUUAUAUCGCCCGAUUAUUCUCGCUAUUUUGCUUAUCUUGCUGAGGUGUUGGGGGAUUAGGGAAGCAUUCUGCAGGGGUAAUGCGCCAAACAGUUUGGUGGUCAGCCACCAGCGUGCCGCCCACGCCUGGAUUCGUUUGUUUCGUUUCGGAAUUUCGACCAUCUCCACCUUUCAUCAUCCAAGUCCGCAUCCCAUUGGAUACACUCCUCUUAGAUACUGUUUUGGGGCUUUCAAAAGUAAUCUUUCUAGGCAAUUCUAAAGCGCGAGCCGCUAGCCGAUGCCCCGUAGUUAAUCUUAGUCCGAAUGCUACUCAGCAACUGCAUCUAGCAGACUCGCAUCAGCGCCAGGACCCGAGCGGUGGAGGAUGUUCUUGCAUAUACGCCCAGAUUGGGGUCGUGCGUUGCCGCCAUGUGGUGUGGACCGGAAUCCGGGCGUUUUAUACAAAUAUCAAGUAUACGCCCGUAGUUGGGUCGGUUUGGUCUUACUCUUCACCAAGGCUUCCGGUACAGGAAUACCAUCCAUUCAUUCAAGAUCAUACAUUCAUUUCGAGUCCGAGACUCAAAAAAAUUCCAUCCACGCCAGCUCACUCUUUCGCUGGUCUUCGACUCCUUCAUUCUCAUACCUCUCCUGAUUCAUCUUGCUCACAAUGGUUGCCACUCUUUUUGCCUGGACCGCUGCUUUGGCGGCUACGGCUUCUGCCUUCGACUGCACUGGCCCCUACUUCACCAUGUACAACCGUAAGGGGUUCGGCAUGAGUGUUCAAAGGCUCGACCCUGCCGUCGAACCUGGAAUGCAGAGCUCUCAUUUGCACAACUUCGACGGAGGAAACGGCUUAAGCUUGAACACCGACUUCGAGGGCCUCACUGGCUCCUCCUGCACCACCGCCCGUGUCAAGCCCGACAAGAGUCUGUACUGGCGUCCAGCUUUGUUCUGGAACGGAAACGGCACUGGUUUCUACCGUGUCCCGGAACAACUCAAGAUCUACUACAAGUUCGGCGACGGUGACGAGUCGGCAGUCCCCAGCGAGUUCCCCGAGAACUUCCAGAUGAUGGCUGGCGACCCCUUCAAGCGUUCGGACGACGGUAACAACCCGGGUGGCAUCAGAUGGGCCUGCCACGGACCCAUGGGAGCGUCUACCAAGGAGAACAUCUUCACCAAGGGAGGGUUCCCGACUGGCAUAACUGGCUGCGAUGGCCUUGGUUUGGCGGCAGAAAUCACUUUCCCCUCUUGCUGGAGUGGAAAAGAGAUCGACCCAAAGAACCCCAACGCCCACAUGGCAUACCCCAACGCUUACAGUGGUAAGAAGGGUGUUGAUGUCUGCCCUGAAGGGUUCAAAGCAGCUCGCUUCCCCACCAUUUUCGUCGAGUUCUGGUACGACAUCACCGCGUUCAACGGCCAAUUCAAGGCUACUGACAACCCAUGGGUCCUCGCUCAAGGUGACCCAACCGGCUUCGGGUUCCACGCCGACUUCCGCAACGGAUGGGAGAAGGGUGUUCUGGCCAAAGCUACCGGAAAGUCUGGAUACUGCGACUGUGGCUGCGGCUGCAACGAGGACUCGCUGAGGAAAUGCUUCGGAGCCGACCAAGUGAAUGACAACAACGACGCUGCCUUCACUCAAUGCUCUGCUAAGCCUGCUUUCCCUGGCGAAGAUGCUCCUCGUGUCGACAAGCUUCCCGGCUGCAACCCUAUCCAGCAAGGUCCCGGUCGCGCCGAACGCAAGACUGGCCCUGACUGCACUUCCUCUCCCCCUGCUGGUGGAAAUGACGAGAGUGAAGACAGCCCGUCUUCCUCCGCUGCGCCCAGCGCUUCCUCGUCCGCUCCUGCGGCUUCGGGCUCUUCUUCCCAGGCCGCCUCUACUUCCAAGGCCGCUGCACCGUCCAACAAGCCAUCUUCGACGAGGAAGGGCAGAAUGUCCAUCCAGACGCAGAACGCCGGCAACAACCCAACCUCGGUCCAGAAGGAUGAAAUGUCCAUCCAGACACAGAACGCCGGCAACGAGGCUCAACCGCCAGUGGUUUCGGCCAAACCCGACUCCAAUGGAAACGUUGUUGUCGUCACCGAGACCAUCUAUGCCACGUCCACCCUCGGGUACAAGCACAGGAGGCACACCCACGCUCGGCGCCACCAUCUCCGCUAGAGUCGAUAAACUAGCUUCUUGACGGAGUCAAAAGGCUAUACCAUACACAAACACACCGGGCUGUGAGGAGUUGGAUAGGCGAACCAGGAGCAAAAAGAAACCCAAUGAUCAUUAUCUUCUCUGUAUAUAUAUAACGACUUCUUCUUCAUCUUCAUCAAACGCAAAGUUUGUUUCUUCAACGAGCACAAUGCUAUUUGUUCUUCAGCAAGGCUCCCACACAUGAAAUUUAGAUCAAAAAGGGGGGAGAAGAAAGAAAAAAAUCUACUCGGGUGUUUUCGCCCCCACCCUACUCCGAGUCCCUUUUUCUCUCGCAAAUAUCACAAACAGUUCUCGUAUAUUGAAACCCCGGAUUUCCGUCUCCCCAAAACGCAGAUGUUAUCUUCCAACCAAAGUCGCAUAUCCGGACUCCCUCCC